GAACCCACUGCGCAGGCGUCAACUUCUGCCUCCAACAACAAGAAGCAGGAGCCAGACAACAUGGCCGACCUGGGCAAAAAGUACUGCGUUAACUGCCUUUCGGAUGUCACCAACCUCCGGCUUCGCUGCACGGAGUGUCCCGACAUCGAGCUGUGUCCGGAGUGCUUCUCGGCGGGCGCAGAGAUCAGUAAUCACCGCAGAUGGCACGGUUAUCAGCUGGUGGACGGCGGCCGAUUCUCGCUCUGGGGUCCCGAGGCGGAGGGAGGCUGGACCGGCAGGGAAGAGCAGUCGCUGUUAGAUGCCAUCGAGCAGUACGGCUUUGGCAACUGGGAGGACAUGGCGGCUCACGUGGGACCCUCGCGCACCCCUCAGGAAGUGAUGGAGCACUACGUCACCAUGUACAUCCACGGAAACCUGGGCAAGGCCUGCAUCCCGGACAGCAUUCCCAACCGGGUGACCGACCACACCUGCCCCACUGGAGGCCCCUUGUCCCCCAGCCUCACCACGCCGCUCCCCCCUCUGGACAUCAGCCUCACUGAGCAACAACAGCUGGGCUACAUGCCUCUACGGGACGACUACGAAAUCGAGUACGACCAGGACGCGGAGAAACUCAUAAGCGCGUUAUCGGUAAACUACGACGACGAAGAUGUAGACAUUGACAUGAAACGUGCACACGUCGACAUGUACGUUCGGAAGCUACGCGAGCGGCAACGGCGUAAGAAUAUUGCUCGGGAUUACAGUCUAGUCCCGGCAUUUUUGGGCAAAGACAAGAAAGACAAGGAAAAGCCGGGCAUUUUGGGAGUCCCUGGCGCCGCUGGAGGUUUGGGUUCAGCGAGCGUUGCCGGCAGCGGGGUCAUCGGUCAAAGUUCUACUACGACAGGUGUAGCCGGGAAUGUUCCGAGCACACCUAAAAGAAAAAUAACGAAAGAGGAGAAGGAGCAGCGUUCCCGGUUGAAGAGUUUAUGUCAGUUCAUGGCGAAUAAAGAGUUCGAGGACUUUUUCGAGAACAUGCACAAGGAGCGCGUGUUGAGGGCGAAGGUACGCGAGCUGCAGAGAUACCGGCGAAACGGCAUCACGCGCUUGGACGAGUCGGUGGAGUACGAAGCCGCGAAACACAAACGGGAAAAACGGAAGGAAAACAAAAGCGUGGUGACUUCCAAACGCGGGAGCAGCGGCGGCGGUGGCCUCGGCUCCGGGAUGGGAUUGGGCGGUGGAGGCGGAGGGGGCGGGGCUGCCGGGGGAAUGGGCGGCGUCAGCGGGAUCAAGGAGGAGAGUAAAGACGGAGAGUUCGCAGCCAUCGAGAACUUGCCCGGGUUCGAGUUGUUGUCGGAUCGCGAGAAGGUGCUUUGUAGCUCGAUGAAUCUCAGCCCGGCGCGGUACCUGACUGUUAAAACUAUUAUCAUCAAGGAUCAUUUACAGAAAAGGCAGGGGAUUCCUUCGAAGAGCCGCCUGCCGAGUUAUCUGGAUAAAGUCCUGAAGAAACGCAUCCUCACCUUCCUCACAGAGAGCGGCUGGAUAUCUCGAGACGCAGCGUAGCUCUCGAACUCCAACCGUCAACUUGUUUACUUGUUAGAUGAGACAUUUUAAGACUCUGGUGUUCAACAAUAAUGUGAAUUUUGUAUAUCCUGCAUUCAAAUUUCUCUUGGUCGGAUUUAAAUCUGAAUAUGCGUAAGAAGCAACAUUUCAAAGAAGGCUUUUUUUGAUGUUCAUGGUGAUGUUUUCAGUCGGUCUCUUGGUGGUUAGUAAAAAUGUAAAAGACCUACAAAUGAAUUGAUUGUUGCACAGUUUUAGCGCGGUACUAAGUCUAAUAGGCUUUUCUGUAUAUUAAAUUGACCACAGACUUUCAGUUUGAGGCCUGUUUAUUGCUCUUCUUCUCAAUUGCUGGAGGAAGCAAAAAACAAAAAAGAUUGAUCGAAACUUGAUGUGAAUAUGUAUAUUUAAAACAAAUCUAAAGUAAUAUUUUCUUACAUUGGAACAAAGAUGUAUAUUUUGUCAUUGUAGAUGCCAUAGUAGAUGUUUAAUUGAACAAAGAACGGGCAUUGUUAAUAAGAUUAAAACGACCUCGUCAUUCACAAUUUGUGAACUGUGAUUACCAAUAUGUGCAUUAUUUGGGAGCAAUCUUAAAUUGAUUUUAGAAUAUUCAUAGGGCUACAAUGAAAACAUGUCCUGUAUAUUUGGGCAAACCAAAUUCGAGUAGUCGUAGUGUCCCUAAACCAAAAAGGCAUUUUCAUCAAAAAGAAAGAAAAAAAAAAGAAGUUUACUUUGAACUGUGAAUUUCUGGAUCAACAAACUUUUAUAAUCAGUUGAAAUUCAUCCAAUAACCUUUACUGUUUACAUUAGAUUAACACAGAACAUGUCAUAAUGUUCUCUUUUUUCUUUUUAGACUGACAUUUUUUUCACACCUAUUCAAUAAUGAGCAGCUACAAGAAACAAAAACGACAAUACAGUUUUUCUACGAACUGCAGAAUGGUGCUUUAUUCAUCUUAACAUCUUUUGGUAUCUUGUCUUCCAUCAAAAUAAACCGUUCAGAAUUGCUUUUCCAGACAGAAUGGAAAUGGAUUUUAUGAAAAGGUGUGUGCACUGUUCAUCGCUGUUACCAUUGUUAAAUUUGCCAAGAAUGUGUUUUUCUUUUCUUUUUUUAUGGAAAGAAAAGUGUCGAGGGUUAUUUGUUUGCCUUUGUAAAUACUACUGUAACAUAAAUCUGUACAGUAUUUUUUUCAUAGCUUUUUUUAUAAAACAAAACGUGGAAAAGCUGAGAGGUUGGGCUUCUAGUGGGGUCUAGUGCUUUCCUGUGGGGUGUUCUGAUGCUGUUGACAUGUUCCUGCUGUCUCUCAGUUGCACAAAAAGUGGCUUUAUUAAAAGUGCAAAGACUUUAUACAAA